UUGCGGAAUUUUCGAGAACCUGAAAAUGCGUGAUGAUACACUGACGUCAUUAUAAAAGCAAAUAUUUAAAAUGUAUUUCUUUAUUCGUCUUAACCCCACGCCACGAGCACUCCAUGUUCUUGCGGGGAAAGCAGCAGUCUGCGUUGGUUGCAGCCUUUCUGACACGACUCGACACCACACGACGUAGCUCAAACUAGGAAGUUGCUGUCCAUGGUGCUGAUGUUCGCCCCUCACGAUGAAAGGGCCGACUUGUUGCUACUCACUCACGCACGAACACGAGCACGAGCACGCACGCUCUCUUUACACACUACCGGGUGCUUGUUUGCGCAUGCGAAGAGGAAAUCUAGGACCACUUGGCUCUUUAACAGAUCACCGUGCGAAGAUUAUCAACAGCCCCCCUCCUUGUCGAUGUAAAACAACCAACAGGCUGCACCACCAAUGUGACGAGGAGCAGCAGGCUCCCACCUGUAACAACGCCAGCGCCGAGGAUGAAGAAACAAAACGUCCGGACCUUGUCGCUCAUCCUCUGCAUGCUCUCCUACUUGCUGGUAGGCGCCGCCGUCUUUGACGCGCUUGAGUCGGAGACGGAAAGCGCCCGCAGGCGCUACUUGGAGCAGAAGCGCAACGAGAUGAAAAAGAAGUACUUCUUCUCCGAGGACGACUACCGAGACAUCGAGCGGGUGGUACUGCAAGCGGUGCCCCAUCGAGCCGGGAGACAGUGGAAAUUUGCCGGUUCUUUUUACUUCGCGAUUACAGUAAUCACCACCAUCGGUUACGGUCAUGCAGCACCAAGCACAGACGCAGGAAAGGUGUUCUGCAUGUUCUACGCAGUCCUGGGAAUUCCUCUGACUUUGGUCAUGUUCCAGAGCCUGGGAGAGAGGAUGAACACAUUUGUGCGCUAUCUCCUCCAGAAGACCAAAAAGUGCCUGGGCUUUAAAAAUACAGAGGUGUCCAUGGAGAACAUGGUUAUCGUGGGAUUUUUGUCUUGUAUUGGUACACUGUGCGUGGGGGCUGCCGCUUUUGCUCACUUUGAGGGAUGGAGCUUCUUCCACGCUUACUACUACUGCUUCAUCACCCUCACUACGAUUGGCUUCGGAGACUUUGUGGCCUUGCAGAAAAAGGAGGACCUCCAGGAGAAAACCUUCUAUGCGGUUUUUAGCUUCAUGUACAUCCUGGUAGGACUUACAGUCAUAGGAGCCUUCCUGAACUUAGUGGUGCUCCGCUUCCUCACCAUGAACAGUGAAGACGAACGCAGAGAUGCUCAACAGAGGGCAUCCCUGAAGAGAGACAGAGGCCUUUUAGAUGGAGCUUCCCACCUUCAUGCUAUGGGCGAGCGCAGCAGGAACGACUGCAGGGAAAGGCACAGUCACAACGCAGCGUACAGUCACAGCCAGAGUCCGCUGUUUGUGCCGAUGGAGGGGGGAACGAGUCGGACCAACCUGAUCGGCUCGUCGGCGGACAACCACGAGCGAGGGGGAAGCCCCUGCAGACUGCGCUUGGAGGUGACGCCGGACGGAGGCAAGCCGGAGUCGAGCCUCAGCUCGCUCUGCUCCUGUGUGUGCUUCCCCAUGGACAUUUGCAAUAGCCCCAGCAGUCAAUGCAAAAGCAACCAUGUCAGAUCUGUCUACUACAACUCAGUCUCCUAUAGGAUCCACAGCAGCUCCCCGGGCUCCAGGAACAAUACGGGACUGUCUUCCCCAGGAGCAACGCACUCACCAGGGCGUAGCUUCCAGGAGUUCCCUCGAACAAGGAGAAUGUCAGUGUGAAGGACGAUUUAUAAGCGCUUUUGCUUCUACAACCGAUUUUGUUGAUAAAGCACACGACUGUCAAUGAUGAUGAUGUCGCACGUUUUCCGAGUGCAUGCUCAGUGGAAUGCAUUGCACACAAUGUGGAUGCAUGAGUGCUUCUGUAAGAUAGGAAAUGUCUUCGAGUCCACAUUUUUGUCUCCUGUAGCAUGCUUCUAAAUAAGGAUGACAAAAUGCAAAGAAAGGCGCCCUAUAUGAUGCGUGCAUUUCGCACGACAACCAAGACAAAACAUACAGUAAUUAAUGCCUCUUUAGAGUUUCACAACUUCGAAAAAGCUUGAAUUAUAAAUACUGUUCAAGACUGUAAAAAACAUGAUUUGCUCUUGUAUUGGAUGCCGUUAGUUUGUACUUAAUGAUUUGACGAAUGAGUGCGUACUUUAAAAAUGAAAAGGCCUUAAUGAACUUUGACACAGUAAAUGAAAGCUGUGCCUUUUUUGCUCAGAGAAUUUAAUAUAUCUUUGUAAUACAUAUCAAGAGGGAUGGUGUGAGUGUGUGUUUGUGUGUGUGUGGGAGGGGGUCUUAUUGUUCACGCUAGCAUUCAUGCACUUGAAUGUAAACAUUGGUUUAUACUUUAAUGGAUGCAGUAGAUACCUGAUGCAAAAUGUAGCAUGAUACAGUAACCCUCCCAAGAUCUUGGAAAAUACUUUCGGGAGCUGGCGGUGUUGAUUUGAGAUUUGAUGUGACUUGUUAUAUUGUUUUAUUAAACAAAAGCGCAACAUCAGCAAAACUACUGUAA